AUGGCCAGCUGGGUGUUCUGUAAUCGCUGUUUCCAGCCACCCCAGGGGACUGCGUGCUUCAGCCUGACUAACUGCGGCCACGUGUACUGCGAUGUCUGCCUGCGCAAAGGUAAAAGGGAUGAAUGCUUGAUUUGUAAAGUUCCAUGUCGUACAGUUCUGCUUUCGAAACGUACGGACUCCGACAUCCAGGCGCUCUUCAUGGGCAUAGAUGGCCUGUGCAGGAAGUACGCAAGGGACACCUCCCAGGUUUCAGAGUUUCAAGAAAAGCACAGGAGGAGACUGGUAGCCUUCUACGGAGAAAAGAUGUCUCAGUUGGAAGAGUCCCUCAGGAGGUCAGCGCUGAGGAUGGGGCAGCUGCAGAGUGUGAGAUUGUCACAACAAACGGCUUUCAGCACAAUAAAAAAUCCAGUUUCAACUCCUUCGACAAAGACCAACGGGCCUCUCUUCCUGCCGCCUGACUCAUCAGCCUCUGCAAGGGUGGAGUCCAUGGAAGUUGACCUCACGCCCUCCCAGAGGAGAAAGGUUGUGGCCUCCAGUGAGGAUGUGGCCCCGUGGAACCCUGAGGGGCUGCACACGCGCACGGCCCCACCACGCCUUCCUGGCACGGGGCCUGGGCCUCUCCAGAACGCCAGUUCUCUGGUGGUAGGAGCUCCCCGCGGAAGAUGUGCUCGCAGCCGACCCCGGGGUGACCACUGGAAUCCUGAGGGCAGGCGAGUACGGCUGCCAACACCCCAGAUCCUCGACGGUAGCUCCCAGGCGCGCUCGAGGAAGCGGAUCCUAUCAGGAGCCACCGCCGUGCAGGAGGAAGGUGGACUCACGGUCCCUGGAAGCAGGCGGCACGGCUGCCAGGAGGGGUGUGGGGGCCGCCCCGCUUGUCUGAAGUCCAGCCGGGCUGAUGAGGGCCGAGUGGGGCAGCGGAUGGAGGGGGGCUCAGAGCCGGCUCUGGAUUGGCAGCUCUUCACAUCAGAGGCACGCUGCGCUCGCUCACAAGCAGACCGGCAGCGUUGCCCGCCGCCCUCAGCACCUCAGCCCGACGCCGCGUCACCCCAGCGAGCCCCCGGCACUCAGGGUCUGCCGGCCUCGGGGGACUCGUGCACGAGCACUGAGCAAGCUCCCGCCCGCCUGGACGUCGGCUCUGCGCCCGCCCGCAGCACGUGCACGUAUCCACCGCCGCGCAGAUGCAUGGGCCCCGUUCUCGGGAAAGGGGGCUGCUGCUGGGGCUGCCGGGCGAGUCUAUGA